AUGGAGAGCACAACUGUGGGGGCGAUGCGUCCCAAAGCGGGUCGGACGGGCGCGGCUGUGGACCGGACAGGAGAGCAGAUGACGGAGUCUGAUGUGGAGUCGGCAAAUAACGGGGGCGUUUUGCUGCCUCCGCCCGGGACGAUAUACGAAGAGAAAGAGGGCGGCUCUAUGAGGAGUGCUCUAGGAGAGGCGGGUGAACCAAUCUGGGAUGUGGCUAGGCUUCCACCUGGUAAAAAUAGUGAAUCGAGGUUCGCUGAUUCUGCUCACGCGUCCCUCAAAGUCUCGUUAGAUACUGCAGCAUCUCCCGCUGCGUCUUCACAAGUGCCCUCCAGGCGGCAAAAGGGACAUCCGGUGUAUCCUGUUUCUUCCUCUCUCCGCCGAGGACAGGCCGCUGAGCUCGACACUGGGAAACUGGCUGGCGACACUUCAAUUCGCGAACCCCUGUUGGCUUUGUCUUCAGGUCAAGACAAUAAACAGCGAUAUCUGUCCGUGUCUGGUGAAGAAACCGGUGCUGUUGCAGAACCACGACAAGCGAAAGAAGUCGGCUUAGGCAGUGGAUCCAGUCCGACAGAAGAGAACCAAAGCAGCCCAAAGCCAAGUGAUUCUUCAGGUUUUCCUCUCCUCUCCGGCACACGACGCUCGCAAUCCACAACCCUCCCAGGAGCCAACGGCGGUUCCGCGACUUCCAGUCAGUCCCCGUCUUCCGAAGAAUCACCACUACGACGGCCGAUAGAUGCCAGCUCUGGAUUCCCCAGAGACGAACACAGCGUAAUGGAGUGGCUCAUGACAGGCACCCCGUUUGGUUCGUACUUGUCGUCCCCUUCCUCAAAGGAAAGGCGGUCCUCUGUUGCGUCUCUCGAUGGAGAAGGCUCAGAAAUCUGGCCAGACUCUCCAGACGAGGAAGAAGACCCCGUCAAACUGUCUGUAGGGCCAAACGCUGUAGACGAAGAAGAGGAAGAAAUGAACGAAGGCGGCGAAGAGGAGGAAGAGACGUGGCCAGAAGGAGACGACCAAGAGGAUGAGCCAGCCAGCGGUCAAGCGCCAAGCUUUCAGGCAUUAAUGAAGCGUCUUUAUCGUCCCUAUUGCAGGCGGUUCGCAGCCGAUCCUCGAUGGCAAAGACAGUUCGGUAUACUUGUUUUGUCUGCUGUUGAGUGGCCUCUUUACACACAUAAGAAGUAUUGGAAUCAACCGGCAAUUGGGAAGUUCUUUGGCACGCUCGAGCAACUGACCGAUGACAAGAAUGACGAUCUCCUUACUGGGCCCAACUUUCGAUAUGCAACUCAAAUUCGCUCGUGCGGAUUUGAUGCCAUUCUCCGACAACAACUUGCGGGGUUGCGCAAGACAGUGAACAACCUGGAUGAAUUCGUUGCUUUAGUCCGUGCCCAGAAGACAGUCGAUGUCAAGUUACAAGAGAUGCUCGCAUACCUCCCCGAACAUAAAUUGGCUAUCGUGUUAACACGACCGACGCUUGGCAACCUAUAUCAAGCAGUUUCACAACUGCAAAUUCUUUACUACUACCACGCUGCUUUUAAGAGAGAAGAAGCGACGAAAGUGUGGCAGUGGAUGUUUCGAUCGGAGCGCCGGGUCCACUGGAGCGUUCUGCAGUUGCUUGGGAUAAGCAAUCAGGUGGUCACUCCGAAGCCGAUGCAUGGGAUCAUUAUUCUCCAGAUAGAUAAAGUGGAGUCUCGCGAAAAGGCUGUCCUCGAGCUGUUCGAUUUCGUCGAGAACAAGGCAACACAGCAGGCGCUUCUCAAAUUCGAAUCAACCGUGACUUCAGCAAUCACAAUGCGAAUCAGAAAAGUGGCCAAAGAUUUUCGGCAUGUUCUCUCUUUUGGCUGGCUGUCGGCCAGUUCUGAUGCAACAUUAGGUCUUCCAGACUGCAUCGUUACAGCCUUCUAUCUGAACCCUGGUGGAGCCGAAGAGUCCCCUCGAGUUCCUCCAAAGCGUGUCAGGGCCGCCAAGCGUGCAGGAACGAGACCCAGAUUAAAAAACCCUGAAGGACACGAGAGGACGAAUGCUUCUGCGGUCCUCGCCGGCGCGAAUGAUCAGACCGUGUCUGAACCUGCUUAUGCAGACGAGUCAGGAGAUCCAAAACCGCGACGUGGGCGAAUCGUGUCAGGGUCAGGAGACACUGUGGUUGCGGAGGGUGUGCUUUCUGUCUCCUCCUCGCCUUCAGUCACGACUGAUACUCCGCUUGCACCAUCCAAUGCAGCGCUGCCGGACCGUAUCAGGAGCCUUUCAUCAGUUCCCGACACGUCGAAACUACACCCGAUUGAAAUCGGACAAUUCGGAUUCGAGAUGGACGCGUCAGUUGCCCAGAAUCUCAAAGAGAAGCUUCCCCCAGGCAGCAUGUACAUCCAGCUAAGUCUCGCUGACGCGUGGGACUUUCAGCCUCAGUCGAGAGUUGAUGCGCAGGCGAAUGUCAUUCCCGCCUAUAGUGCGACACAGAUUCUCAAAGCCAACCUUGACUGGGAUCCUUCUCUUGUGGGUGUCGGUAUGGCGUAUGUCGUCUACACAACUAUCACGGAUCCGUAUAGUUCGUCGUCGUCGGACAAGGCGAAGCACCAGGAGUACGACAAUGACCGGAACCUGAUUAUACGGGUGCCUUCUUCUGUCUUCCGGGGGGAACAACACUUUCUGGAUGAGGUCAUGUCCAUGAUUGUCGUCCCCAGUUUACAGGAUUCAGCCUCACGAACUGUUGCCCCUGACCGAUUGAAGGUCAUGGGGACAGCGAGGAAGCUCUCCGUGGGUGACGUGCUCAAGACGGGCAUGUUUGGCGUAGGCAUCCCGUACUCGCAACAUCGAGUAAUUGAAAGCAUGGUAGACACAGAGUCGGUUUGCGUGCACCUGCUUGUCAGGGGGCUCAAGGAAGGAACUAGGGAAAACAGUCUCGAGCUACCUGGAGUCGCCAUCUUUGACCGCUUCAUCAGAAGAAGCAGGGGGAAGUACAUGCUCGUUUUCGUCGAUCUUGUCCCAAAGCAGAAGGCAGCGUCAACUCACACAAAGAGCCAGCCUCUCCGGCAAAGCGGCUACCCGGGCUGGGUCCUGCUUUUGUCAAACAUCUGUGUAGCACUGUUCUUUGUUUUUGUGAUUGUGUGUCUUCUUCUGAACCACCACAUGAAGCUGCCGUGGUGGGUGGCGUGCAUUUGUGGGAGUCGCAACCCAUUCAUUCGCGAACCGGACUGUGCGUCCUGCAGAGCACGAAGUCCAGUCGAUGAGGGAUUCGGCGGAGGGGGGAGCCCCGUAGUUCUGGAGCCGAUUCAGCCUGCAGGAGACGAGUUGUGUGCAGGCCACCCGGACUACGAAUCAUUCAGGGCAGGCGACACGCAGUCUCCGUUGGAACCUUCAAGCAUUUUUCACGGAUCGCCGGCCACGCCGAUCAAUGGAGUAGACAGGAGAGAAAGGAAGGGAAAUUCUGUUGUGGAAACCGCCCAGGCGUCACGGGCUCGUGAGACGUCGAAUGCAGGAGACGAGAGGCCCUACAGCGCUGGCAAGGCUCGUGGAAACAAGACGAGGAACUCGCGACAGUCGACUCCCACGCUUGCCGUGAGUGAUGGCGAAUAUAUGCCGUACACGCCGACUGUCGGCAGAGAGAGUCGACGCAGCUGGGGACGCGGACCCACCGCAGGAUAUGGGGGAGACAGAAGCUGCUCUUCACGGGCAUCGCAAGGUGGCAUCGAGCAGCUGAAGGCCCUCGAAAUUGCUAGGGUGUAUAGGGAGAACCGUAUUGACGCCGUCAAGUCCAUGGAACGCAGGAGGGCGACCAAGCGACCUACAGAUGACUCGGUCACUUAG